AUGGACGAGAGCCGAGAAAAGGCACCCAUAGGGGCACAGCAGGCACCGUCCUCCGAAGACGUGUCUCCCAUCCGUGAAACCCAAUGGCAGUAUCUCCUCCGCUACUUCACCACCCGUCAAGGUUGGAUCGGAGACUAUAACGUGCGCCUCGGAAAAAAGGACUACAGGUAUCUCGUCACGCCAAACAUAUGGCCCCUCAACAAGCGCUACGCCGGCUACCAAGCCCCCUUCUACGGUCUGAAUGACGAGGUGCCCAUCCUCCUUACCAUCAUUCUAGGUCUGCAGCACGCCUUGACCAUGAUCGGAUCCGUUGUAUCCCCCCCGCUGGCCAUCGCCGGCGGCGCAUUCUACCUCAACACCAAGCAAACCGAGUACCUCGUCUCGGCGGCCUUCAUAACGACGGGCAUCGCGACAGCACUGCAGGUGACCAGGAUCCACCUGGCCAAGACGCCGUUCUACGUCGGCACGGGGCUCCUAUCCGUCGUGGGACCGACGUUUGACAUCAUCGCCGUGGCGCUGAGCUACGCGGACAUGCGGUACGGCAACGGCACCUGCCCUACGGCGGCGGACGGGUCGAGGCUGGCCUGCCCGGAUGCGUGGGGAGCCAUGCUGGGGACCAUGCUGUGUACGGUGUGGAUACAGAUCCUGUUGUCGUUUGUGCCCCCGCGCGUGCUGAACCGCGUGUUCCCCAAGAUGGUCACAGGGAGUCUGCUCCUGCUCGUCGGCGUGUACCUCAUCUCCAGUGGGAUGAACAACUGGGGGGGCAGCUCCAACUGCAACGGCGGUGAGGGGUACUACGCCUUGUGUCCCAGUGUUGACGCCCCGAAGCCUCUGCCCUGGGGCCACCCGAAACUCAUAGGCCUCGGGUUCAGCGUGUUCGUGACCAUCAUCAUAGUCGACAUCCUCGGGUCCCCGCUCAUGCGCUCCGCCUCGGUCGUCUUCGGUCUGGCCGUGGGUUGCGCCAUCUCCGGUGCCACGGGGUACUGGUCCCGCGAUGACAUCGACGCCGCCCCCGUGGCCACGUUCCUCUGGGUGGAGACGUUCAGCCUGUCGGUCGACGGAGCGCUGGUCCUGCCGCUGCUCAUCAUGUUCGUGUGCCAGGCCGUCAGCUGCAUGCCGGAUAUCCUGGCCACGGCGGAGCUUUCCGGCGUGGAAAUUGACGGGGUGGACUUCAACUCGCGCAUCCAGGGAGGCAUACUGUGCGACGGGUUGGGAAGUCUAGUCAGCGCGUUGGGCACCGGCCUUCCCAUGGUCAGCCAAGCUGGUAACAAUGGCGUUAUUUCGCUGACUGGCUGUGCGAGCCGGAGGGCGGGUUGGUGCGCUGCCGCAUUCCUCGUUCUCAUGGGUAUAUUCGGCAAAUUCGGCGCCGUCUUUGGAUCCAUGCCACCCUCUGUGCUGGGUGGCAUGCAGGUCUUCCUGUUCAGCACCAUUGUCGUGGCGGGCAUCCGCGUGCUCAGCUUUGUCGAGUUUACGAGGCGCAAUCGGUUCAUACUCACCGUCGCGCUUGGCGUCGGCUUCAUGGACAUUGUGUCGCCCAGCUGGUUCAGCCAGAUCCUCGCGUACCAAGGUUCCAAUGUGAAUCUUGCCGGUUUCGAGCAGGGUAUCAAUCUGGUGGUCGAGACGCCGUUUAUCAUUGCUGCUGUCAUAGGGGUGGUGCUCAACUUGGUGAUUCCCGGGAGGCAUGAGAAGGGUUCGAGUGCCAGCUCUCAGGUGGCUCUUCCAUUGUAA